CGCCGCUCGCGACCCCUCGCACCCUGCCCGGGCCGGGGCAACGCCGCUGGCGCCGCCGCGCUCCCCCGGCCGCUCCCGGCGCGCCGCCCCCGGGCCGCCGCUCCCGCCCUGUCCGCCACUGACGCAGUCCGUGCCGCACCAGCUCCAACAUGGCGGCGGCGCGGCGCUGAGCAGCGCGGGGUACGAGGGCCGCCAACGGUAUUUAGACUUCUGAAGCCAUGGGAGUAAAGGUCCAGAGACCUCGUUGCUUUUUUGAUAUAGCCAUCAACAAUGUACCCGCUGGAAGAGUGGUCUUUGAAUUGUUUUCAGAUGUGUGUCCAAAGACAUGUGAGAAUUUUCGCUGCCUUUGCACAGGUGAAAAGGGUACAGGAAAGUCCACCCAAAAGCCAUUGCAUUACAAAAGUUGUCUGUUUCACAGGGUUGUGAAAGAUUUUAUGAUCCAAGGAGGUGACUUCAGUGAAGGAAAUGGCAGAGGAGGGGAAUCCAUUUAUGGUGGCUUUUUUGAAGAUGAAAGUUUUGCUGUAAAGCACAACAAAGAAUUUCUCCUUUCAAUGGCCAACCGAGGGAAAGAUACAAAUGGUUCACAGUUCUUUAUAACAACUAAACCUACACCUCAUUUAGAUGGGCAUCAUGUUGUUUUUGGACAAGUCAUCUCAGGUCAGGAAGUUGUGAGAGAAAUAGAAAACCAGAAAACAGAUGCAUCUAGUAAACCAUAUGCUGAAGUACGCAUACUGAGUUGUGGAGAAUUAAUUCCAAAAUCCAAAGCCAAGAAAGAAGAGAAGAAGAGACACAAGUCAUCUUCUUCAUCCAGUGAUUCGGAAAGUUCAAGCGAUUCAGAAUCAUCUUCUGAUUCAUCAUCAGAUUCUGAGAGUGCUUCAGAAGAGAAAUCUAAAAAACGAAAAAAGAAACACAAAAGAAAUUCCAAGAAACAUAAGAAAGAAAAGAAAAAGAGAAAGAAAAGCAAGAAAAGCUCAUCCAGUGAAAGUGAAGAUGAGAAUACUGAAGCACAGCCAUUAUCUACUGUCCGUCCUGAAGAAAUUCCUCCUGUACCCGAAAACCGGUUCCUGAUGAGGAAAAGUCCUCCUAAAGUAGAUGAGAAGGAAAAGGAGAGAAAAAGCAGAGAGAAGGAAAGAGAGAGUAAUCUAUCAAAUUCACAGUCAACAUACCAGAGAAGGCUGUUAGUCACCAGAUCUGGAAGGAAAAUAAAAGGAAGAGGACCAAGGCGUUACCGGACGCCUUCCAGAUCCAGGUCCAGAGAUCGAUUCCGGCGCAGUGAAACUCCUCCACAUUGGAGGCAAGAAAUGCAAAGAGCUCAGAGGAUGAGAGUGUCUAGUGGAGAAAGAUGGAUAAAAGGAGACAAGAGUGAAAUAAAUGAAACCAAGAAAGAUAAUCAAAAGAGCCCAGGAAGAGGAAGAGAGAGAAGAAUAUCAGACCACAGGCAAGUUUCUGAAAGUCCAAGCAGAAGAGGGGAAAAAGAGAAGAAAAAAGAUCACAAAUCCAGCAGUAAAGACAGGGAGACAAGAAGAAAUUCAGAAAAAAAUGACAAGCAUAACAAAAGCAAAGCCAAGAAGAGAGCUAAAUCUAGAAGCCAUAGUAAAAGCAGAGAGAAAUCAAAAAGUAAAGAGAGAGACUCCAGGCACAGCAGACAUGAUGAAAAGAGACUAAGAUCAAGAAGCAAAGAGAGAGACCAUGAGAAAGGUAGAGAAAAAGAAAAGCACUAUGAUUCUAGAGGGAGAGAGAAAGAAAGAAGUAGGAGCAAGGAGAGAAGUAAAAGAGGAGGCUCAAGAAGUAACGAACAAGAGCAUAGGAAGAGCAAAGACAGGGAGAAACGCAAGUCAAGAAGCAAGGAGCGUGAGCAUGCUAGAGGAAAACACAGCUCCAGCAGCAGAACAAGGGAUCGAAGCAAAAGCAGAGAUAGGGGUAGGAGAGGAAGGUCAAGAAGCAGGGAUAGGGAUCGCAGUAGAAGUAAGGACUAUUCUAGGAAUAGAGAUAGAGAAACAAGAAGGAGAGGAAGAUCAAGAAGCAGAGAAAGGAGAGGUACACCAGAUAAAUACAGAGGAAGAGAAAAUAGGAGGAGGAGAGAAUCAAGGAGUUCAGAGAGAGAUGAAAGUCAAAGCAGAAACAGAGAGAGGUAUUCAAACAGGGAAAGUAGAAGCUCAUAUAAGAGGAAUGGUAGUGAAAGCCAAAGGAAGAGGCGUUCAAAAAGCCGUGAAAGUAGCAGUCCUGAAUCUAGCAGAGAUAAGAAGUCCAGUAGAGAUCAGGAUAGAAGUCCAGACUCAAAAAAGAGACCAAGUAGCAAAGAGAGAGAAUCAAAAAAAUCAUACUCACGCAGCAGUAAAGAAAAGGAAAAGACCAGAUCCUCAGCAGAAAAAGAAAUAAACCAAAAAUCAAAGAGUCAGGAAAGAGAUCAUGCCCCUAGUAAGGAUAAAAAGUCUGAUCGUGAAACAAGUCCUGGAACAGAUGAUGACAGGCAUGGAUGAGUUUGUGGACUUAAUGUUUCCAUUGUCUCAAAGUUUUAGAGACGUUUUGGGGAACGCCUUUUUUAAAGAUGUGGACUUCAGUUUGGUCUUUUGAUAAUCUAAAACCUGGAUCAUUUGUACUGCUAAAGUUUUAAUAAACUUGAAAUGAAAAACAAA